CUGACUAGUGUCCUCGAGAAGAGACCGGAUUGGCACUUCUCUCGAGGCGUCCUCUAUUUUAAAAAAGUUGUAGAUGUCCCCUUCCCGUUGAUCUGAACGCCCCUGUCUGAAGGGAAAACUACGAAAAUGCCAUCGCCGGCUUGGCUCGAGGAGCAGCGGUAGGGUGGCAUUUUGUAAAUGGGAGUUAUCUUUUGGCUUGCUCCGUCCUCGCCACCACCGCCUCCGCUCUGAUGGGCCGGCGCCGCCGAUGGUAGCCUUCCUCCUCCUCUGCCUUCCCCUCGCCGCGGGAUCUCUUUAUAACGCACAUUAGCCUUCACUUUUUCUUUCGGGUUUGAGCUGGGAGGACCAAGGACAGGCUGCGAUCAGUAGGGGAUCUGGACGUGCAAGAAAUCGGAGUGGAUGUAAGAAAGGUGCCGUCUUGAUCUGGAUCUUUCUGCUGCUAAAGUUUGAUCUAGGAGUUAUGUGCAUGCGGAUGUUACGGAUGCCGUCUCUUGGGGUAAUUUCUCUUGUUAGCUGUGGCUGAAGGUGGCACUUUGUGCUUGAUUUUGGGUGGAAUCUGCGGAAUGUAGGUUAAGUACUGAUGAAGAAGGUCUGGGAUUGCUUCGGGGGGAAACCAACUAGGAUUAGUAAAGUGCAAAGGAGGCUUUCUCUUGGUGAGUACAAGAGGGCCGCGUCGUGGUCUAUGUACUUGGUUUCUUCUGGUGGAGAGAUCAAAGUUGGCAGGGAGGAACAAUGGAGUGCCGACAUGUCACAGCUGCUCAUCGGGAAUAAGUUUGCCACCGGUCGCUAUAGUAGGAUCUAUCAUGGCAAAUACAAGGGUAGGGAGGUGGCUAUCAAGAUCAUGAGCCAGCCGGAGGAGGAUCCUAUCCUUGCUGCUUCCCUUGAGCAGCAGUUCUCCUCAGAGGUUGCUCUGCUGUUUCACCUCAACCAUCCCAAUAUUAUCACGUUGGUGGCCGCAUGCAAGAAACCUCCAGUCUUCUGCAUCAUUACUGAGUACAUGGCUGGUGGCUCUCUCCGCAAAUACCUUCACCAGCAAGAACCUUAUUCAGUCCCAAAUGCUCUGAUUUUGAAAUUAGCUCUCGACAUUGCUCGUGGAAUGAGCUAUCUUCAUUUCCAGGGUAUAAUUCAUAGGGAUCUCAAGUCAGAGAACAUUUUUGUUGGAGAUGAUCUGUCUGUGAAGGUAGCAGAUUUUGGAAUCUCAUGCUUGGAAUCUCAGUGUAGCAGUGGAAAGGGUUUUACAAGUACUUACAGGUGGAUGGCACCUGAGAUGAUCAAGGAAAAAAGUCAUACCAGAAAAGUCGAUGUGUACAGUUUUGGUAUUGUUUUAUGGGAACUACUAACUGCAUUGGUCCCCUUCAACGAUAUGACACCUGAACAAGCAGCUUAUGCUGUUGCGCAUAAGAAUGCCAGGCCACCUUUACCAGCUUCUUGUCCUCUAGCAUUUAGCCAUCUAACAAACAGGUGCUGGGCUAGAAACCCUGAUCGAAGGCCACAGUUUGAUGAAAUCGUCGCAAUACUUGAGAGCUACAUAGAAUCAUUUGAAGCAGAUCCUAUGUUUUUCUCAUCCGACGAAUCAAUUAAAUUGCGGACUCGGUUCGGAUGUUUACCAAGGUGAAUUCCCUGCGGAAGAACAAUUCUCCCGAAGCAUAAACAUGAUUUUGUCCAAGGUAUAAUCUGUAUUAUAUAUUUUCUUUUUCGUUGCCUAUGUUUGCCUCUUCGAAAUCGAAUGAAGGGCUUGACUUUGUCUGGGCAAUUCAUUUCCUUUUUAUGCAGUAAUCUAGAAAGAAAAACAAUGUUCUUCCACCAAAUGGAAAGUAUUGUAGCUUCUGCA